AUGAAUCCGAUGCACUCCAAGAUAUCAAUUAUCCCAGGCCAAAGUCACUCCUGUGAUAACGCGUCCGAUGCACUCCAAGACAACAGUUAUCACAGGCCCACAAUUAUCCGCGAGAUAACCACAGUCCGAUGCACUCCAAGACAACUGGUUAUCCCCGCCCAGCCUCCCGAGGAUAACCACAGUCCGAUGCACUCCAAGACAAAUGGUUAUCCUCAGCUCAGGGAUCCUACAGUAGCGUUCCGAUGCACUCCAAGACAACUGGUUAUCCCCGCCCAGCCUCCCGAGGAUAACCACAGUCCGAUGCACUCCAAGACAAAUGGUUAUCCUCAGCUCAGGGAUCCUACAGUAGCGUGUCCGAUACACUCCAAGACAAACGCUCACCCGGCACCAAACGCACUCACUCCGCGUAUUGUUGAAGAAUCGGCACCAAACGCACUCGGUCCGCGUAUUGUUGGAGGAUCUAAUGCUAGCAUAGAAGAUUACCCCUAUAUGGCUCUCAUUUUAGCAUCUAGGGAUGAUUAUAUUCAAAUCAAUUUCAUACCUUUCUGUGGUGGAUCUUUAAUCACAACCAGAUCCGUUCUUACGGCAGCACACUGUUUCUUUAACAACAUUCUGACAACAAACCAUUUCCGAGUUCGACUUGGUUCGACACUCGCAAAUUUUGGAGGUCACUUUCAUAGAGUUGAAAACUGGAUUAAGCAUCCUGGAUACACGUUUCCUCGAUUAUAUCACGACAUUGCAAUACUGAAACUCGCCACACCCGCCACACUCUCCAGCCGCGUUGCACUUGCCCCUAUCGCUGGACCCAACUACUUGGUCGCAGAUAAUACUACCGUCACCGCUGCCGGAUGGGGCAUACUUGAAUUUAAGGGCGAACCGUCAGAAAUCCUUCAAAAAGUUGACAUACAAAAAGUCAACCACGACAUCUGCAGAGAAAAUUACGCUGAACUGCAGUCUUUGCUAGGCGAACAUCAAGUUCCUAAUGUAACAUCCGGAAUGGUAUGCGCUGGAAUAUUAGGUGUUGGUGGCAAGGAUGCUUGUAAUGGUGACUCGGGAGGACCUCUUCUUCACCAAGGAGUUGUAAUUGGAGUUACCUCUUGGGGGCAUGAAUGCGCCCAUCCGAAAUAUCCUGGAGUCUUUGUUAACGUACCGUCUUAUACUAGUUGGAUAGUUGAGAAUGCAUAAAAAAAUGUUAGUAAAUUAAAUUUUUUUUAUUAACACUCAAAUAGAAUACAAGGACAAUAAACGUAAAUAGACAG